AUGGACGCCAAGAAUCCUUUCCCUCCCCCAUCUUCAGAACCUGAUGCUCCACCACCCUCCUACAGCGAAAUUGGCUCUCCCAGCAGCGGCAGUUCGAGCUAUUACUCGUCCCAGAUCAACUCCCAGCUCGCUAGCCUAACAACCCAAAUAUCCACCCAACAAACCCAAGCCACCCUCCUUUCGCACGCCCACAGCGAACACGUGCUCUCCCUUCUCACUUAUGAAAUCCAGGAUUACCUAUCCACAUUCGCUCGCUCCGGCCGUCGAAGAGGGACAUUAAUCCUAAUCCCCGCAGCUGGGGUAACAGAUGAGAAAGCCGUACCGGCCGCUUUUGAUUGUAGUAAUCCGGAUGAGGGGACGUGUGAUGUUGUUGUGAGGGUAAAGGGGAAGGGAGAUGCGGACGAGAUGUGGUAUUGGAGGGACGAGGAAAUGGCGGAGAGACUUGCCGCCUGUCUAAGACCUCCACCACCGCCGCCAUCUGAGAGGGGUUUGCCGCCGAGGAAGGAACAAGUUGCCCAGCAGCAGCAGCCACAGCAGUCGACGAGGGGAUUAUGGGGCCGUGCCAAGUCCGCUGUGAAAACAGCAGCGAUGAACGAAAUGGGGAAUUAUGAGGUUGGUCGGGAUGUUAAAACGGCGCCCCCUGGUCCGAGGGAGGAUAAAGUUAUCAUGGACGUGAAGGCAGAGGAGGUUUUAUUUCGAACAGAGAAUGAUUUUGGAAUUUUUGGGAGCGAGACCGGUUGGGGGAUUGUAGUAAGACUUAAGGUUAUCCGGGGCGGGCCCUAA